AUGUACGGAGGCAGACAAUCAUCGAGUCGAAAUGGUUCAAUGAAUCAAGUAAGAAGUAACGCAGCAAGGAGAUGGCAACAGGUUGGCGCAGUGGUAGCAGGUGACGAGCAAGGACAUUCAGGUUCAGGUCCUAAUGAACUCAAUACUCCAUCGGAUAUUGUGAUCGAUAGUAGAAAUCAAUAUUUUUACGUAGCUGAUUACGAGAACAGCCGUAUACAACGCUUUCCAGUCAAUGGUAAUGGUAAUCGAACCGGAGUGACAUUCUACAAGUUUGAGAACAGUACUGAAACUAAUCCUUGGAGACCGUACGAUAAAGCUAACAAGCCAUCAGCGAUGUUUAUCGAUAGAAAUGAUAAUAUCUAUGUCGCGGAAGUCUAUUGCCCGUGUCGAGUCUUGAAAAUCACACCAGGUGGACAAGCAAUAACAUUGAUGGACGCCAAAAGUGGAGUUAUUCAAUCAUGCUCAGGAAUUUUCGUGGAUAAAGAUGACAAUAUCUAUAUUUCUGAUUGGAUACAAUCAACUGUAUUUAAAUUCGAUAGAAAUGGGAAAAAUAAGCAAGUAGUCGCUGGUGGCAAUGGCUAUGGUAGUGCACCAAAUCAACUAUAUCAUCCGAUGGGUAUUUACGUCGCCGAAAGAUCAGGUAAUCUCUAUGUGGCAGAUUUCGUGAAUCAAUGUGUGCGACGUUGGGCUCCCGGUAGUAAACAAGGUGUCAUUGUUGCUGGUGGUAACGAUAUCGGCACGAAUUUGAAUCAAUUCAAUUAUCCAUCUGCAGUUAUUGUCGACAAUGAUGAGAAAGAAGUGUAUGUCUGUGAUUCAAUCAACGCUCGCAUAGUCCGAUGGACAAUUGGAAUCAAAUCAGGAGAAGUUAUCAUCGGUGCUGACAACUUAACUAAAGAUCCGAGACAUAUGUGUCGAGCAAUGGGAUUCAAAUUCGAUAGAGAUGGAAAUAUUUAUGUUGCAGACAAUUACGGCAACCGAGUUCGAAAAUUUUUAGUUGACAAUUAA